AUGUCGGGCUUCCUGGAGGAGCUGCUGGGCGAGAAGCUAGUGACUGGCGGCGGCGAGGAGGUGGACGUGCACUCGCUGGCCUCCCGCGGCAUCUCGCUGCUCGGGCUCUACUUCGGCUGCAGCCUGAGCGCCCCCUGCGCGCAGCUCAGCGCCAGCCUGACCGCCUUCUACGGCCGCCUGCGGGGGGACGCGGCGGCCGGGCCCGGGCCGGGGCCGGGGGCCGGGGCUGCGGCGGAGCCCGAGCCGCGGCGCCGCCUGGAGAUUGUCUUCGUGUCCUCGGAUCAGGACCAGCGGCAGUGGCAGGACUUCGUGCGGGACAUGCCGUGGCUGGCGCUACCCUACAAGGAGAAGCACAGGAAGCUUAAACUUUGGAACAAAUACCGAAUUUCCAACAUUCCAUCGCUCAUAUUCUUAGACGCCACUUCCGGGAAGGUCGUGUGCAGGAACGGGCUGCUGGUGAUCCGCGAUGACCCAGAGGGUUUGGAAUUCCCCUGGGGACCUAAACCCUUCAGGGAAGUCAUUGCAGGGCCCUUGCUUAGAAAUAACGGGCAGUCCCUGGAGAGCAGCAGCCUGGAGGGGUCUCACGUGGGAGUCUAUUUCUCCGCACACUGGUGUCCACCCUGCCGAAGCCUCACCCGGGUCCUGGUGGAGUCCUACCGGAAGAUCAAGGAGGCAGGCCAGAAAUUCGAGAUCAUCUUUGUUAGUGCGGACAGGUCUGAGGACUCAUUCAAACAGUACUUCAGUGAGAUGCCGUGGCUCGCUGUCCCCUACACUGACGAGGCCCGGAGGUCGCGCCUCAACCGGCUGUAUGGAAUCCAAGGCAUCCCCACCCUCAUCGUGUUGGACCCGCAGGGGGAGGUGAUCACGCGGCAGGGGCGGGUGGAGGUGCUGAACGACGAGGACUGCAGGGGCUUCCCGUGGCACCCCAAGCCUGUGCUGGAGCUCUCUGACUCCAAUGCCGUGCAGCUGAACGAGGGCCCCUGCCUCGUCCUGUUUGUAGAUUCUGAGGAUGACGGCGAGUCAGAGGCGGCCAAGCAGCUGAUCCAGCCAAUAGCUGAGAAGAUCAUUGCCAAGUACAAAGCCAAAGAGGAGGAGGCGCCGCUCCUGUUCUUUGUGGCAGGGGAGGAUGACAUGACUGACUCCCUGCGCGAUUACACCAACCUGCCCGAGGCUGCCCCCUUACUCACCAUUCUGGACAUGUCAGCCCGGGCCAAGUACGUGAUGGACGUGGAGGAGAUCACCCCCGCCAUUGUGGAGGCCUUUGUGAAUGACUUCCUAGCAGAAAAGCUCAAACCAGAGCCCAUCUAG